UUUUCCUCGAAAUAAAGUACGAACGUAACAAUGAGCAAAGAAGAAACUGCCCUGCUUUCCACCGGUAAACCCGCUGACUUUUCCUUUCGGAAAAUGAAAACUAUAAACGUGGAUAAAUUCUUAAGAGAUAUUGGCCUUGAGGGUGCCAGAUAUACAAGAGUAGCUGGAGUCCCAGAUAGAGGAAUAGAAAAAAAGAAAUUUCUGACCAGGUCCAUUUGGCUAAAUAACAAUAGACUCACCAACACCAAGAAUGUAGAUCAAUUCGCCCAAUCGGUUCUGGAGUAUCCAGAUGAGUUGGGCUGGAUCGACUUUUCUUUCAAUUUCAUAACAGAAAUAGAUGAGUGUAUUUUGAAAUUCAAGAAAUUAAAGAUUUUGUACUUCCAUGGGAACUGCAUAUCUGAUCUGGACGAGGUUUUCAAAUUAAGGCCCUUAAUGGAACUCAGAAGUAUUACAUUCCAUGGAAAUCCCAUAGCAAAUCAUCCAAGAUACAGGAAUUACAUAGUAGCUGUACUACCACAGAUAGCCAACUUGGACUUUACUCCCAUUGUACGAAAUGAAAAAUUACAACCAGCACCGCCGGAAGCUAUAAAGAAAUUCAAAGAAAUCGAAAAGAAUAAACAGGGAAAUCAAUGACCUUCUUUUUAUACAUGUGAAAUAUUUUUGUACGAAUUUAUACCAAAAUUUUAUACAUUUAUUGAUUAAAAGAUUAAAAAAAUA